AUGCUCACCAAGGGGACACAGAAGGAGACAGGCGGGAACUUCACUGCAACUCCAGUGACACUGUUUGUGUACGAGGCAGGGCAGGCGGUGUCUGGGUGUGGAGUGCAGCUGGCCUUCCAGGUCAACUUCACCUUCUCCCUCUCGCCUCGAUCAGGCCGCGUGGGCAACAGCGGCUUUGCCUUCGUCGUCUCAGCCACAGACCGGGUGGGGAAUGGAACUGGUGUGGGGUAUGCUGGAAUGGACAAUCGGAGCCUAGCAAUUGAACUUGACACUUUCCAGGACAAGCAGUAUGGGGACAUGAGCAGCCAUUAUGUUGGGCUGAACGUUCGAGGCCAGGAGACUUCGCUCGCCGCUGUAAAGUCACCAUUUGUGCUGAACAACAAGAAGGCAUACUCGGCAUGGGUGGACUAUGAGCCUGGGGAGCCCGGCACCAUCCAGGUGUUCCUGGCUGCUUCAGAGGUGAAGCCAGAGGAGCCGUUGCUGGAGAGGAGGGUGGCGCUGUGUGAGGUGCUGCAGGCUGGAGCAGAGCAGAAUGCGUUCUUCUUUGGCUUCGUGGCAUCCACUGUGAAGCCUUUUCAGAUGCAUCUCAUUCUUACCUCGGCAAUGACCACAGAUGCGAGCUGGGCGUACGCGGUGGUGGCGAGUGUGGAGGCGGCAUACGGCAUAGCGAUGAACCAAGAGGCCCCACGGCUGUCAGUGGACUCGCUCUUUGCAGCCAUGGGGCUCACCUCCCCUGCUGCCAAGUGCACCACAGGGAACUCCCCUGCAGCGGCCUUUGAAAAGCUCCUCACUCUGCCCCGUGGUGGACUCAGCACCGACAGCAAGCCUCCAUCAACGUAUCCCAUCCAAGGGUUUGAGCGCACUCGGUUCAAGGGGUACGUGGGGCUCAUGCUGGCAGUGCGGCGGCAGCCAGUGGUGGUGCACAUCGAGGCCUCUGCCUCCACAUUCAUUCAAUACGACGGGACCUUCAAGUAUCAGGAUCCCUCUUGCUACACUGGCAACCUCAACCAUGCUGUGCUCGUCGUUGGGUACCUCAUUUCAACAAAGGAUGGUCGCAAAAGCCCCAGUGCUCCGCCGUUUUGGAUCAUCCGCAACUCGUGGGGGCCAAAGUGGGGCGACAGGGGGCAUAUGCGCAUGGACAUCCAGGGAGGAGAUGGCGUGUGUGGCAUCAACGUGCUCCCUGGUAUCUAUCCCAUUGUCAAGAUUGACAUGUGCGGAUCGUAUGCCAUGAACCCAUGCGCUGCGGGCACAUGCAUCAAUGAUGGCAAGGGUUCCUACUCCUGCAUCUGCCCUCCCAACUACAUCGAGAGCAGAACAGUUGACAAUUUCUCCACCUGCGACCCAGGUGCUGCCACUUUGCACCGUUCAUGGCUGAACAGAAUAAUGAAUUUUGAUGGGCUCUUGGCCGUUAACUGCACCCAGCCAUUGCCUCUGGGCAAGGUGAUUCAGUUGGGCAGCACUGUCACCACCAUCCCCUGCACUUCCUUCUUCUAUGCCCUCGAUGGUGACACCUGUGCAUCUAUCAGCACCCAGCUGGAGCUCACACCCACUGAGCUUGCCGCUCUCAACCCAGGCCUGAACUGCUCUGAGCCCAUCAAGGCGGGCCGCUCUCUGUGCAUCGAGCGCAACGCCACUUUGGCCUACACCAUCCCACAGUGCUUGCAGUACAGCAUGCUCACAGCACAGGACACGUGUGAGGGGCUGAUGCUGCAGAGCAUGCAGCAGUCUGGUGAGGAUGGGUCCACGGGGGCUGAAGUGGUGACUGCAGCCAGUUGGGCUGAGCUCUACCGCAACAAUCCCGGCCUCAUCUGCCCCCGCAGUAACCCUGCAUCCAGCGCCACUGUUGCCACCAUGAACAGCGUGCAGGUAUGCCUCAAGGCAGACUACGAGUCCUUGGGUUCUCAGAGUUGCCGGAUUGGCAGGCUCAAAGUGGUGUCACCAGCACUGUCCUGUGCUGGAGCUUUAAGCUUCUACGGUGGAGCUAAGCCGGGAGCAGUCGCAAAGUUUUCUGAUUACAAUGGUAGGACAUGCUUAGGAACUGUGGGAGUUAACUAUCUUUGUGUGCCAUAG